AGACGGAAUGUAAACAAAAACACGUGGGCGAGGAGGCCAAGACGAGGACAUCCACACCGGCUCCACUUUUCCUCCAUUUUCCUCCACUUAGCGAGUACCCAGGCCAUGGACGAGGACAGGGCGGAGACAAUGGAGGGGGAGGAAGAGAUGGAGGAGGAGGAGGCGGUGGAGGAGGGCGAGGGAGAGGAAGGAAAGGAGGAAGAGGAGGGAGGAGGAGGAGGGCUGGAGUGUGAUAUGUCGGCCUAUAAACUCUUCCACGAGGGCAGCACAGGCGCCCCGUGUCUCAGUUUUGAUAUCCUGCGUGACGGCCUGGGUGACGCGCGCACCUGUGAAAGUCCUGUAAGUGUGAGCUUCGUGGCGGGGACCCAGGGAGCCCGGGUGCACCUCAACACUGUCAUGGUGGUCAAGGUCAACAAGCUCUCCAAGGUCAGCGAGAAGGACAGCGAGAGUGAGAGCGAGAGUGAGCUGGAUGACGAGGAGGAUGAAGGACGCGAGCCGGCCAUCGCAUCCGCCUCUUAUAAGCACAACGGAGGAGUCAACCGGAUUAGGGCCACCACCAUCAACAACAUCCAACUCGCAGCCGCCUGGUCAGAGCUUGGUCAGGUCAACAUCUAUAACCUGACCUCCCUCAUACAAGACAUCGAGGAGGGAAGAGGAGGAGGAGGAGGAGGAGGAGGAGGUCACACGAGAGAUGACCCGCCUAUGUUUACGUUCCGAGGUCAUAAAACGGAAGGAUUUGCGGUUGAUUGGUCUUCCGCUAUGCCUGGCACGCUGGCGACCGGGGACUGCGAGCGUCAUGUGCACAUCUGGCGGCCACAGGAGGGAGGGCGGUGGGCCGUGUGCGCGGAGCCUCUCAGCGCGCACACAGCCUCCGUGGAAGACAUUCAGUGGUCACCCGGCGAGCAGAACGUGUUGGCGACAUGUUCGGUGGACCGCAGCUUGCGUGUGUGGGACAUCCGAGCGCCCCCCAAGAAGGCCUGUAUGUUGACGCUGUCCGAGGCACACUCCAGCGACAUCAAUGUCAUCCACUGGAGUCGGAGCGAGCCCUUCAUCGCCUCUGGGGGGGAUGACGGGUGUGUGCGGGUGUGGGACCUUCGCCGGAUGCAGCCCGGCAACACCAGUCCAGCCUCAUCAAUGGUGGCCGAGCUGCGUCACCACAGCGGACCGGUCAGUACCGUCGAAUGGCACCCCAAUGAAGGCUCCGUCCUGGCCUCGGGGGGGGAGGACGAUGCCAUACUGCAGUGGGAUCUGGCGGUGGAGCGGGACACGACGGCGGGGGUGGCGGAAGAGGAGGACAUCCCCGAGCAGCUCCUCUUCGUCCACAAGGGUCAGAAGGAGGUCAAGGAACUCCAUUGGCAUCCUCAAGUUCCAGGGCUGAUUGUCUCAACGGCUGCAAGUGGAUUCAACAUCUUCAAAACUAUCAGCUGUUAGGAGGAGGAGGAGGAGGAGGAGGAGGAGGGUGUGUGUGUGUGUGUGUGUGUGUGUGUGUGUGUGUGAGAGAGAGAGGAAGAGGAGGAAGAAGAGUGUGUGUGUGUGUGAGAGAGAGAGAGAGAGAGGAGAGUGUGUGUGUGUUUGUGUAGAGAGAGAGA